UACCAUUCUCUCAAGUCCCAUAAAGAAACAUGGUAGGUGACGCAAGUUUACAAUUGAUUCUUUAUUUGUGUUGCCAAUCAAUAGCAAAGGUUUAUUUAAAUGUACCAAAAGUAGUUGUAUAUGAUGAUACCUGUUUUGUAGGGAUUCUGUCUUCCAAAAGAAAUCAUUGAAGAAGCAGCUGGAGAGGGUGCAACAGAGUUCCAUGAUUAUGAGGGAGGUGGAAUAGGAGAAGGAGAAGGCACGAAAGACGUGAGCAAUAAAAUUGAAAAUGAAGAUCAGGUUGAAGACGUCAUGCAAAAAGGCCAAGAAAAAGAGGAGGAGGAGGAUCCCAAUUCUAAGCCAGAUAUAAAAGAGGAAGAUAAUGCCAUUGAGAUGUCUGAGGACUUUGAUGGGAAAGUGCAUGAGGGGGACAAAAGCAGAAGAGGAGGAUGAACAGUCUGACAAUGAGGAAGACCUGGAUAAACAGAUGGGAGAUCUUGGUGAUGCUGAAGCAGACAAGCUUGAUAAAAGACUCUGGGGAGAUGAUGAUGAUGAUGAAGAGGAAAACGAUGAUGAGAAUAAAGCAGAAGAGCAAGGACAUGGAAUGGACACGGGAGAGUCUGAGUUGGUUGCUAAGGAUGACAACCAAGAUGCUGGAAAUUCAGAUAAAGAUAAGAAGAACUUGAAGGAUGAAGCUAAAGAGGAGCAGAUUGAAGAUGGCCGGAAGGAUAAAAUCCAUGAACAAAUCGAUGAGCGAGAAUAUGAUGAUAAUGAGAUGGAUCCGUUUCAUGGUAAGCAAGAUACUCAGCAAGAACCAGAAUCUCUGGACCUUCCCGAUGACCUGAAUUUGGAAAAUGAUGAGGGUAAAGUCAGUGGCGAUGAAAAGGAUGAGAACGGAGAAGAUGGAAAUCCUUUUGAUAUUGAUGAAAAGCCAAUGGAAAUAAAUGAAGAAAGUAAGGAACAAGAAGAUAGUGAAGGGAAUUCUGAAAAAGAGAUUCAGGAAUCUGAAGAAACAGAGCAAGCAACUGAACAGGACAAUAAUAAGGAAGAGGAGUUACAAGAGGAGGGUCCACAGGAAACGGAGAAAGAAGUUGAGGAAGCUGAGGAAAAAGGAGAGAAAGUUCCAGAUUCUGCAAAGGACACUGAAAAUAAUGAAAAUGAACUACAAACUGAGCAAGGUCUCAUGCCUCAGAAUGAUGAAAAGCCUGAAAAUAAGGUGCAGGACUCCACUGAAAGAAUGGAGCAUGAAACAUAUGGCAAGACUGCAGAGGACAACCUACAAAGUGAUGACGCUGCUGAAUUGGCUGGUGCUGCUUCGGAAAAGGAUGAAGCCAAACAAGAACACGGAAAUGGCUAUGCUGAUGCAAGUCAGUCUGAAGGGCACGAGUCCAAACUAAUGGCCCGCCUGGCUUCUCAGAAGCAAAGUGUGCGCAAUACACAGAGCAUCAAACGUAAGCCUGGGCAAGCAGAUGACGAUCGCACUUUAGGGGAUCAGAAUGAGCAGGUUCAUAAGCGGUUGCGGACUAUGGACACUGCCAGUGAAAUGGGAAAUGAAGACAAACAAGCACAACAAAAUGAAGAGGCUGAUGCUUAUGAGCACAUCAAACAAGGAGCACAGUCCUAUGAUGCUCAGACAUAUGAUACAGCCAGCAAAGAUCAAGAGAAAUCCCAGCCACAUAAGGAGGAACAAGAUAACAGUACUGUGCAGGAUGUAGAAAUGGAGUCAAAGGAAAAUGAAACAUUGGAAGCGGUCAAUGUGGAGCACCUAAAGCCAGAGGAAAAAAGAUCCAAUGAGUCUAUAACACAAGCAGGGCCCGAGGAAAGCAAAUUAGACUUGCAAGGACUAAUGGUAGAAGAUGUACAGAGAAAAGAUGUGGAACCUACAAAUGUGGAUAAGGAGAAACAUGAGAGAAGCACAGAGUCUACCAUUCAUACUGCCUGGGAGUUUUUAAAAGAAGGAUCUGCAAUGACCCCCGAAAACCCUGAAGAGCUUAGAAGAGAGCUUGAAAAGCAACUGGAGGAGUGGCAGACGCAUCCUAUUGGGGAUGCAGAGGAGGAGAAGGCAGCAUCUGAAAUGUGGCAGAGAUAUCUCCUGCUCACUGGUUCUCUGUCUCAGCAGUUGUGUGAGCAACUGAGGCUCAUAUUGGAGCCAACACAGGCAGCCAAGCUGAAAGGUGAUUAUCGAACAGGAAAGAGGCUGAAUAUGAGGAAGGUAAUUCCAUAUAUUGCCAGUCAGUUUAGAAAAGACAAAAUUUGGCUGAGGAGAACAAAACCCAGCAAGCGUCAAUACCAGAUCUGUCUAGCUAUUGAUGAUUCUGCCAGUAUGGUUGAUAACCAUUCUAAACAGCUUGCCUAUGAAGCAUUAGCUGUGAUUGGAAAUGCAUUAACUUUACUUGAAGUGGGACAAAUUGCUGUGUAUAGUUUUGGAGAGAACGUCAAGCUUUUACAUCCUUUCCAUGAACAAUUUAGUGAGCAGUCUGGUUCCAGGAUCCUUAAUCAGUGCAAGUUCCAACAAAAGAAGACUUUGCUUGCCCAGUUUUUGGAGUCCUCAGUCCCCAUGUUUGAAGCUGCACAACGAUUAUCUCCGGGCACUAAUCCAGAAACUGCCCAGCUCCUCAUAAUUGUGUCGGAUGGAAGAGGAAUAUUUGUGGAAGGAAAGGAUCGUGUCACAAAUGCCGUAAAAGCAGCCCGCAACGCAAACAUCUUUAUUAUAUUUAUAAUCUUGGAUAACCCAAUGUCCAAGGAUUCAAUCCUGGAUAUAAAAGUGCCGAUAUUUACCACUCCGAAAGAAAUGCCAAAAAUGAUAUCUUACAUGGAGCAAUUUCCAUUUCCAUUCUACAUCAUACUUCGAGAUGUGAACUCCCUUCCAGAAACCCUUAGUGAUGCCCUCAGGCAGUGGUUUGAAUUGGUGACUACGUCAGAAUAUGUGUAA